GUGGUUAAUCCGAACCAUUGCAUUGAAGAAUGGAUUGAUGACCGUGUCGAUAUAAUCUUCUAUGAACGAUUUUUCAAUUGGGAAAUUGCCAGCGGCAACUACUUGGUUCGAAACUCGGAAUUCGCGGUGAAUUUCCUCAAAGACUGGGGAAAUUGGGAAUUCACUCAGCCUUCCAACUGGAAUGGAGCUGAUAACGGAGUUUUACAGCUUCUCAUAAUGAAAACGGUGCUACCGUCGGCAACACAGGAGAUGCAGAACUGUGAUAAUGUUUUGGCACAAUGCUUCCGGCUACGAAACCUACUUAGCUUACGUGUCCUGCGUCAAGCAAGCAUUGGGUGCGACAAGAUUCUGGCCGGGAAAGAUCAGGAUCUACCACCGAGCCCAUGGAUGGGUUCGCGAUGGAUUCAUAACAACCGACAAGUGGUCCGACGUUGA